AUGGUCGAAGACAAAUAUGUUGGUCUCAUGCUGGCCGUGAGCUCGUCAUUGGCGAUUGGCGCGAGUUUUGUCAUUACGAAGAAAGGCCUCAAUGCGUCCAUGGAGAAGCAGGGCUUCAAUGGAGACGGCUUUGGAUACUUGCAGAAUCCAGUGUGGUGGGCUGGCAUAACAACGAUGGUGCUCGGCGAGAUAUUCAACUUCGCAGCAUAUGCGUUUGCGCCUGCGAUCCUGGUGACGCCCCUCGGGGCGCUUUCGGUCCUUAUUGGUGCGGUACUUGGCUCAUACUUCCUGGACGAACAAUUGGGACUGCUAGGCAAGAUUGGCUGCGCGAUAUGUCUGAUCGGAUCCGUUAUUAUCGUACUACAUGCGCCGCCGGACAAGGAGGUCGAGUCUGUCGAAGAGAUCUUGAAUCUUGCGCUUCAGCCAGGUUUCCUCUUCUACUGCGCUUUCUGCGUCGUUUUCUGCAUCUUCAUGAUCUACAAGAUUGCGCCCAAGUACGGUCGCAAGAACCCGCUCAUUUACCUUUCCAUUUGUUCGACAGCUGGCUCCGUCUCCAUCAUGUUCAUCAAGGCCUUCGGUAUCGCCCUCAAGAUGACAUUUGCGGGCAACAACCAGUUCACACACCCCUCGACAUACGUCUUCGUAAUCUUGGUCGUUGGCUGCAUUCUCACACAGAUGAACUACUUCAACAAGGCUUUGAGUCAGUUCUCAACAAACAUUGUCAACCCCCUCUACUACGUCAUGUUCACGACUUGUACCCUCGUCGCUUCCUGCCUCCUUUUCCAAGGCUUUAAUACUACGUCCGCGGUCAACACCAUAUCCCUGCUCUGCGGUUUCCUCAUCAUUUUCUCCGGUGUAUACCUCUUGAACCUCUCACGCGAAGACCCCAACGGCAACAAAGCAUUCGGCUCACGUUUCACCGACGGCCCGCCUUCGGACGCCAUCUCUGGUUUUCCUACAAGACGUAGUAUGCAGGCGCGACGCAGCGAAGAGCUGUUCGAGCGACAAUCGGUUGGUGUUGUUCGUGAUGGCAGGUCUAGCUAUGCGGACGCAGGCGAUCGGGGUGCGCUUAUGCACGACUACGACGUGGAGAACCAGUUCGAGCUUGGAGACCUGGCUGAUAGCGACGAUGAGCUGGAGAGUGGCCAGAACACCAAGCGAACAAGCUUUGACGAGGAGGCACGGUUAAAUGGAAGACUCAGUGGUGCAGGUAGAGGGCGAGUGCACAAAGAGUCGGUACAACCGAAAAGGAAUUCGUCAGUCCGAUAG